UCGGUUUGUGAGGCGGAGCGGAUUCCAGUUGCUUCGAGACUCGCGAGGGAGGCGAAAUGAAGCGGCCGCGGAGGGAGCGAGCGAGCGACGAAGUGAAGCGCACGAAGUGAGUCGAGGUCGAGGGCCGAGGGCGACGAGACGAGAGAGGAAGGUGUGGAAGGUUCAUUGCAUUUGCCUGUUUCUUUGCUCGGAGUCCAUUGCCGCCGCGAGCCAGCGAGCCUGCGACUGAGGGAUGAAAGUGUGGUCGCCGAGUCGAAGCUGGUGCAUCCUGUGAUUGUAGAUCUUGCGGUUCGAUUCGUUCGUUUGGGUGCCACCGGCGAUCUUUGUAGCAGCGGCAGGGGCGGUAGUUGCAGCAGGGCAAGAAUGAUGGUCGACGCGCAGAGCAGGCACCCGGAGCGUGGUAUCUGACUUUUGUGGGUUCUCGAUUGUCGGUCGCAGUGCAGGGUCUCGACCGAGCGGUUUCUUGAGUUCGUGCUAGGCCGGUAGGGAGGCAGGGGGAGCACCGAGUCGCAGAGAAGGCCGCGUGGACUAAGAUCCUCAGUGUGGAUUCGAGGGAGAAGAGAAUGGCCGAUCGGGAUGUGCAUUCGGAUCACGGGGUGUCGAGUGGGCAUCAUCAUGGCCACCACUCGCAUCAUCACCGUGAACGCGAUACGCACCACGACAAGGAUAGGGAUAAAGAGAGAGACAAUAGGGACCGUUCACGCGAACGAGAUCACGAGAAGGACCGAGAACGCGGGAGAGAUCGGAAUAGAGAGAGGGAGGUGUACGGGGACCGGAAUGGGCAUGGGCACGGUGUGCCAAGUAGCAUUGUCCGAAUUGUGGAGACCGGUGUUGGAUUUCGCAAAGAGACGGCUUAUGAGGGGGAUGACGCUGAUCACAUUGACGAUGGCUAUGAUCGGGAUCACAGAUAUGGCUCUGCAGGAAAUGGCAGCGGAGGAGCAGACACAAUUUUCAUUACUAAUUUACCCGAAACGGUGACUGAGGAGGGCUUAGCAGCCUUACUUGCCGAAGCCGGUGCCAUCAAGGUGGAGCGCAAGUCGGGGCUGCCAAUGGUGAAGCUGUUCAGAGACAAGGAAACGGGUGCACAAGAAGCGGAAGUGGUUUUGGACGACCCGCGCUCAGCAACGGGAAUUGUUAGCUGGUUCAAUGGUUAUGAGUACAAGGGUAGUAAAAUACAGGUCUCACUCGGACAGGCCCCUAUUCCUGGCGCUAGUCCCUUUCGAGACAGGCGCUCUAGUUCAUACGGAGGCGAUUAUGACAGAGACAGAGAUAUCCCACCAAGAGGGCGAGGUUAUCGCGGAGGAAGGGGACGCGGUAGACACUCCGACCGAUUUGGUCCCCCACAUGUGCCGCCCCAGUUGGGAAUUGGGCAGGGUUUGCCACCGUUUGGAAGAGGAUUCGGAGGUGUGUAUGGCGGCGUAGUCGACGACUUCCCAGCCGGAGGAGAGAGCUUUGGGCGAAAUAACCCAAAUGUGACUCCACGAGAAGGAGACUGGAUUUGUUCUGAACCAACAUGUGGGAAUCUCAAUUUUGCGCGAAGGACCCAUUGCAACAACUGCAACAAGCCUCGAAGAGAUAUGGUCAUAGGCCUCGGAGUGGGAGGUCCUGGCGGGGGUGGGUUCCGGGGACCACCUCCGCAUGCUCCUUUCAUGGGCGGUCCUCCUUUGGGGCAUGGUAUCGAGCGUGGCAUGGGUGGAUUUGGUGGUCCUCCUGGACCCUGGGGUGGUAGAGGUGGAGGUGGUGGACCUCGAGAUUUUGACCACGGAUUACCCGGGCGCAUCAGUGACCGCUUUGGGGAUCAUGGUCUUCCUACCCGUCUUGCAGACAGAUUGGACUUCAGGCCAGGGCGACACCCUCGAGAUAGAGAGGAUUUUCGGGAGCGUGAAGACUACAGAGACAGAGAAAGAUUUGAAAGGCCUUCGUUCGAAUCGAGGGCUUUGUAUGGCAGUCCUGGUCCACGAGAUAGAGAACGGGAGGAUCGGUAUCGGGAGAGGAGGAGCCUUGAGAGAGGAGACCCAAGGAGUGAGAGGCGAUUCAGUCCUCCUCCGAGAGCUAGAUGGGGAAGGGAUGCGAGGGAGAGGAGCAGGUCGCCCGUACGAAGUCUGUCCAGGGAGUACUACAACAGGAGGGAUGAUAGGCGAGACGAUAGAAGGGAUCGCAGAGACGAAAUGUACUAGACAAAUCGAUUCCAUGUAUAUUCCUAGUACUGGGCAGCAAACAAGCUUUCGUUCGUUAUUGCUCAGUGUCCACGUCUUCUCACGUCUUUAUGUGUCACCUGUCUCAAUUUUUUAUAAUGCAUUCCGAUGUUCCAUGGCAAGCUUCCUUGAUGGUGUUCGAGGAGGCUUGAAAACGAGGAUCCUUGACUUAAUUUUCUCCUGUUUAACGGUUCUUAAGUGCUUAAAUAUUUGGACGGUCGAAGAUUCUUCGUC